AUGGCCAAGCUACUACAACAGCCACCCAAGUUCUUGCGCGCAGAGUGGCAAAUUGCCAACAAAAACCAGUACCACAGAGCCGAAGCCCAAAGGUCCCGGUCUGAACGCCUGGUAGCAGAAAGCCGGAGACUUGUGGAUGAAAUUGAAAAGACCACAAGAAAAUCUCAAAGCGACGUGAAUAAGAAACUAGAACAGAGACUUGAGGAAGUCAGGUUCUGGAAGAAGGAGUUAGAUGACAAACUUGAGCAGCUGGUGUAUGCGACUGAAGACCUACUCCUCUAUCAGACCAGGCUGGAGAAAGCCCUGGAGAGCUUUAAAGAGCCCUUGCGCAUCACAGAGAAAUGCUUGGAAUACAGGGAGAAGCGGGUUGGCAUUGACCUGGUCCAUGAUGAGGUGGAACAGGAGCUGAUCAAGGAACAUGAGAUCAUCCGGGGAGUAAUAACCCUCCUGACCCGCACCCUGGAGGAGACAUCCGAGCAAAUCAGGCUGAACCGCUCUGCCAAGUACAAUCUUGAAAAGGAUUUGAGGGACAAGUUUACAGCCAUAACCAUUGAUGAUAUCUGCUUCUCACUCAACAACAACUCACCAAACAUCAAGUAUUCUGAGAACGUUGUGAGGGUUGAACCAAACUCCGUGAGUCUGGAAGACUGGCUAGACUUCUCCAACACCAACGUGGAAAAGGCUGACAAGCAGAGGAACAACUCCCUGACGCUGAAGGCCUUGGUGGACCGAAUCCUGUCCCAGACCGCCAAUGACCUGCGCAGGCAGUGUGAUGUGGUGGACACCGCCUUCAAGAAUGGGCUGAAGGAGACCAAGGACGCCAGGGACAAACUGGCUCUUCAUCUGGACAAGGUCAUGGAAGAGAUUGCCUCCCAGGAGAAAAACAUUGUGGUUCUUGAAAAAGCCAUCCUCGACCAAGAAGGGCCUGCCAAGUUGGCUCACACCCGCCUGGAGAGCAGGACACACCGGCCUAACGUGGAGCUGUGUCGAGAUGUGGCACAGUACAGGCUGAUCAAGGAGGUCGGUGAGAUCACCCACAAUGUCGCAAGAUUGAAGGAAACACUAGCCCAAGCUCAAGUAGAGCUGAAAGGCCUGAAUCGCAGGCAGCUGGCCCUGCAGGAGGAGAUCCAGAUCAAGGAGAACACCAUCUACAUCGACGAGGUGCUGUGUAUGCCCAUGAGAAAGUCCAUCCCGCCUCGGGACGGGGAUGACCAUGGGGAGUGGGCAGGGGGCGCCCAUCCCGAGGCUGUCUGCUGA